AUGUGCACCCUAGAGCAAUCAGGCAGCAUCUACAUCCUAACCCUGACUGGCUCAGGCGAGCACCGGCUAAACCCUAGCCUCAUCGACUCGAUCCGGUCAGCUCUCGGUGAGCUUCGUGCUAAGCCAACAUCUCCAUCCUCAGUUCUCAUCACCACAGCCCAUGGUAAGUUCUUUUCCAACGGGUUCGAUCUCGCAUGGGCAAAAACCUCUCAGCAAAACCAACUCAUGGGUACUAAAUUCCAGUUACUUGUAAAAGAAUUAAUCUCUCUUCCCAUGCCGACAAUAGCUGCGGUUACGGGUCAUGCAUCGGCAGCUGGAAUGAUCUUAGCUUUAAGUCAUGACUAUAUAAUCAUGAGAAAAGAUAAAGGAUUUCUCUAUAUGAGCGAAAUGGAUAUCGGCCUUGUAAUUCCUGAUUUUUUCGUCGUGUUAUUGAACUGCAAGAUCGGAAAUGCUAUGGUCAGACGGGAAGUUAUUAUGACAGCGGUGAAAUUAACAGCAGAUAUGGCAGUAACGAGAGGGAUUGUGCAUUCUGCACACAAUAGCGCAGAGUCAACUGUCGCUGCAGCGGUUAGAUUGGGAGAAGGGCUGGUUGCGAGAGGCUGGAACGGUGAUGUUUAUGGGAAGAAUAGAAUGGUGUUCUUAAAAGAAUUUUUGGAUACAAUAAAGUCGGAUAACGAUGCAGCGGAGGAGGAGAUGAUCUCGACCCAGUCAAAACUGUGAAAAGCCGGAACAGGUGAUGGCGGCUAAGAAAAAUAGUUCGAAAAUAAACAAUUACUUGUGAUGUAACUAGCUAUAAGCUCUUUUGCCUCAUUCACUGGGGCUGAUAUUACAAUUAUAAUGAGAAUUGCUGAAUAUUUGAGCAGAUAUUAUAGAC